UGCACAUGUCAUUUUAACCUUGAUUUCUUCAGGAUAUCUAUAUCUAUUGCUAAACCUACAAGAAGCUACAACUUCAAGACUUCAAGCAUAUCAAGAUAGAUUGCAAAAUUGACAACACAGUGUUCCUCUCCUAGAGAGUAAAAGUGGAGAAACCUAUCAAAUGUAGGCUAUCUUUCUCUUCAAGGUCACCCAAUAUGGUGGCCAUCAGGGCUCUGGUGUAAUUAAAGCCGGUUUUGCAGGUGACCAAACUCCAAAAUGCCAUUUUCCAAAUUACAUUGGAAGAAUAAAGCAUGUGCGUGUAAUGGCGGGUGCUCUGGAGGGAGAUCUAUUUGUUGGGCCUAAGGCAGAAGAACAUCGUGGCCUCUUAACUAUUAGCUAUCCAAUGGAGCAUGGGAUUGUGACAGACUGGAAUGAUAUGGAAAAAAUCUGGCAGUAUAUUUAUAGUAAAGACCAACUUCAAACAUUUGCUGAAGAGCAUCCAGUUUUACUCACAGAAGCACCCCUUAACCCCAGAAAAAAUAGAGAAAAGGCUGCCGAGAUAUUUUUCGAAACUUUCAAUGUCCCUGCCCUCUUCGUCUCUGUGCAAGCAGUCUUAAGUUUAUAUGCAACUGGAAGGACGACUGGUGUUGUUCUAGACUCGGGUGAUGGUGUAACACAUGCUGUUCCUAUUUAUGAAGGCUUUGCCAUGCCUCAUUCGAUCAUGAGGGUAGAUAUUGCAGGCCGAGAUGUUACUAGUUACCUCAAGCUACUACUAAGAAAGGAAGGCAUACCUUUAUACACAACAGCAGAAUUUGAAGUUGCAAAAACUAUAAAGGAACGUGUUUGUUAUUUGGCCACCAACCCACAACGGGAAGAAACUGUUGACACUGAGCGACUUUCAUAUCAGUUACCAGAUGGAUCAACAGUGGAGAUUGGCCAAGCACGUUUCCGUGCACCAGAAGUGUUGUUCCAGCCACAUCUUAUUGGAGAUGAGAGUAAUGGCAUACAUGAGGUUCUUCUCUAUGCUAUCCACAAAUCUGACAUGGAUCUACGCAAGCUCUUAUUCCAGAAUGUGGUUAUUUCUGGAGGAUCAACACUGUUCAAAGGUUUUGGGGAUCGAUUACUCUCAGAAGUAAAAAAGUUGGCACCUAAAGAUAUCAAGAUCAGGAUCUCAGCACCAGCAGAGAGGCUCUACUCCACAUGGAUAGGGGGUUCUAUUCUUGCUUCUUUAGAUACCUUCAAGCGCAUGUGGGUCAGCAAACGUGAGUUUGAUGAGGAUGGCGUUAGAGCAGUUCAUCGGAAGACCUUCUAAUUGCACAUUUUUAGAAUAUGGCUAGUUAAGGCAAAGAAUGUUAUUUAUGUUCAGUAUAUUUCAGUGAAAUUUAUGUAAAUUUUCAUAUAACAGUAUUGUAUUUAUUAAUCAGGUAUUUUUAUUGGCAUUGGAAAUAAAAUUUAAGCUCUAUAAUAGCUUGUAAAACUGAAAAUGAAUUGACAGAAAGGGAGUUGAUAGAGCAUAUCAUAAGACACAUUAAAUAGAAUAUUAUCUUUAAUUGUAUACAGCCUACAAAAUUUAGGAUUGGUUAUCUCAGCAUUGUCAUUUUGCACUAGAAUAUUUUAGGUAGGCAGUGUACACAGCAAUUUUGUGCAGCUUCUUAAUUUUUUAAGUAGUGAUAUACAUUAGUGACAGCCUGUCGUGGCUCUGAAACACCUUGAUGUAUAUCACGGGGAGGAUGGCUAUAUAUAUAUAUAUAUAUAAUUUUUCUUUUUUUAAGUGAAGGAGGUUAAUUUAAAUUCAGAAAGUUUCUUUACAGUAGUAGAUUGAUAAAUAAGCUUUAAAAUUGAAAGUUAUAAGAUUUGUACUUACUAUAUUGUUAAUAUGCAUAUGCAUGCUUCUUACAUAAAUAUUAAAGGCAGAUGAUAAAGGUUAAUGUUGUUACAAACUGAGUUAUAUCUACAUAUGCCAAAUGUGGUUGUAAGGGACAUUACCUGUGAAUAUUUCAUAACCUAGUUAUGAAAGGACAAUUAAAUGCUGUAUUGUCUUUUUAAUGGCACCAUUCUUUUGAAAGGUAUUCCUUAAUCCUUAAACUGUCCAAAUGUAGAUCUACGUUCACAUGCAUAGCACUCCGAACAUAAAUUACGUUUUUUUACAUUUGAAAGCAUGUAAAAAGAAAACGUUGCUCUACAUUUGGAGCGCUAUGCACAUAAACGUAGAUCUACAUUUGGAAAGUUUAACUCUUAAACUGUCCAAAUAUAGAUCUACGUUCACAUGUGUUGUGCUUCAAAAGUAGAUUUACUUUUUUUACAUAUUUUCAAAUAUAAAAAAAAGAUCAGAGUUUUUUUUACACACUUUUAAAUGUAAAAAGAAAAAGAUCUACGUUUUUUCACAUACUUUCAAAUAUUGAAAAAACGUAGAUCUACAUUUGGACAGUUUAAGGGUUAAUACUGUAUCUGUAAUACUAGUCUCCUACAUAGUGACUAGUUUGUUGUACACAGUAUAAGUAACAUCAUGAGGAUAUUAGCUUGAAAAAUACCUUAUUGAUUUUUCUAUUGCUUCUGUGCCUUGAUAAUGAAAAAAUAAUUGCUUCUCUAAACCAAAGUUAAUUUAACUAGCACAGGUGAAUGUUGUAUUUUACACAAGUCUCCUCAUGGUAAAUACAUUAUCAUGUAUGUUAUUGGUAGCACCCUGUUUUGUAAUUGCUUAAUUUCUUUCUGCAAGUCUCAGUCACUGAGAUGAAAGUAGUUCUUUUUUGAACUUUACUAUUGAGUAUCUUGAGCAUAAUUUAUAUUUCUUUGGCAGACAGAUAGGAUCCUAGAGCUUGUGUACAACCAUUCAGAACACUUCCAUGUAUUUGACGACUAAGGAGCUUUAACUAGAUUUUUUUACAGUUUAUUUAUUACAUUUUAUUUAUUAUUUUCUAGCUUUCAUGCAAAACUUUGAUGUAUACAAUCAUUACAAGUUGUGGUCAGAAUGUUCUCAGUUUUAGCAUUCUGAAAUAAGCAAGGAAGCACAAUGUUAUUUAAACCAUCAUUCCCUGAAGGACUUUGCUUUUAUUUGUUAAGCUUCAUAAUGCUGAAACUAUGGUGAAAUGAACAUUUCCAGUAAGAUUAUUUUGUAUUUAUAAUGAAGUCGAUAAUCA